ACCGACAACUAUCGCGAUAUCAUCUCCCCUUUUCCCACUCUUUCUUAAGUUGUACCUAAGCUGUACCUAUCCCGCGGCGUAUUCUGACAACUGACGUCCCUUUUUAAAGGACUCCUAUUCCUCUUGGUUAAUUGACAACAUCUAGCCAAGCUCACCAACCAACUCGCGAACAUGUCUUUCGGCAGUCGCAAGUUCUCCAUGAACCGGAACACUGGUGUUCCCCGACGAAGAUUCAGUAUCGGCGACCCAAGUGCCAACGAAACGAGUUCCAAGAUCCAUCGUCAGUUCCGUGCUGCAAACCCGGGUCAUCUUCCUCAUGCAGGGUUGGACGCCUCACGUGCCUCCACAGGUGUCGUAUGGUGUACUGAGCGAGCCGCCGAGUAUGGCUUCCUCGACGAGCCCGACAAGUGGGCCAACCUUGGUCAAGGUGCUCCUGAAGUUGAGGAUGAUAUCGAGGGAUGCUUUGAGCGCCCUACUACCAUAGACGUCUCUGUUGCUCUUAGAGAGUAUGGCCCCACCGCCGGUAUCAAGCCUCUGCGUGCCGCCGUUGCCAGAAUGUACAACGAGAUGCACCGCCAAGGCAAGGACAGUCAGUAUUCGUGGGAAAACGUCGCCAUCGUCCCUGGUGGAAGAGCUGGUCUGAUCCGUAUCGCUGCUGUGCUGAACAAUGCCUAUGUUGGCUUUUUCAUUCCCGAUUACACAGCUUACAACGAGAUGUUGUCGCUCUUCAAGAACUUUGCCGCCAUACCGACACCUCUCUCUGAAGAAGAUGGCUACCACAUCCAUCCUGACGUGAUUGCGAGAGAGAUUGCAAGAGGUACCUCGGUCAUCAUAACCUCGAACCCCCGAAACCCUACGGGCAGAGUAGUGGCCAAUCCCGAGUUGGCUGAGAUUCAGGACAUUUGCCGCGGACGCGCGACUCUUGUCAGUGAUGAGUUCUACUCGGGCUACAACUAUACCAGCAACUGCGAUGGUACCACGAUCUCAGCCGCUGAAAAUAUCGAGGACGUAGAUGAGGACGAUGUUCUUAUUAUCGAUGGACUCACUAAGCGAUUCCGUCUCCCUGGAUGGCGUAUUGCUUGGAUUCUUGGACCCAAGGAAUUCAUUAAGGCCAUUGGUUCUUGCGGUUCGUAUCUUGACGGUGGAGCCAAUGCUCCUUUCCAAGAGGCUGCUAUUCCCAUGCUUGAGCCGUCCCUUGUCCGCAAGGAGAUGGAGGCUCUUCAGCACCACUUUAGAGAGAAGCGAGACUACGUGGUUAAGCGCCUACGAGACAUGGGCUUCGUGAUCAAGUAUGUGCCGGAUAGCACCUUUUAUCUCUGGCUCAACCUUGAGGGUCUUCCGGGCCCUAUCUCAGACGGGUUGAAUUUCUUCCAGGCCUGUCUAGAGGAGAAGGUUAUUGUCGUUCCGGGUAUCUUCUUCGACCUGAACCCUUCUCGCCGCCGAGACUUGUUCGACAGCCCUUGUCACCACUUCGUCCGCUUCUCAUACGGCCCCAGAAUGGAUGUUCUUAAGAUGGGCUGCGAUGGUAUCGAGAGGGUCGUCAGCAAGUUUAAGAAGUUUGUCCCUUAAAUAGAGCUCGCAUGUUUUACCAAAACACAGACCGCGGAGGACGGGUAUGAUCUGUGCAAGGAGAUGGCUGCAUCUUUAAACCUUUUUCUAGAUAGAAAAGGAAUAUCUCAGGCCUUCGAUUGGUACUAUCUUAGAGGUUUAUUAACGAAAUAAAUAUUUUUCCUUAAAAUCAUGUUCGUGCCGUGCUUUGGUCUCACUGCUUCCUGUCCCUGGCCGUAUGAAGAGACCUGACGUUGAAUAUG